AUGUCGAACCUUUUCAACAACAAGGACCAGAACAACACCGACUCCGUCACUGACGGUGCGACCGGUGUCGCCAAGACCGGCACAGGCAUUCUAGGUGACACCCUCUCUGGCGUCACAAACACCGUCGGCGGUGCUGUCGGAGGCGCCUCCCGCGGCCUGGGAGAGACCGUCAGUGGCGUCACCGGUCAGGCGGGCAAGCCGCUCGGCGACGGCGUCGCUAAUGUAGGCACGUCGCUUGAGGGCACCGGACAGGACGUUGGCAAGGCGGCUCGGGAUGCGGGACAGUGGAAGUCAAACUAA